AUGAAUGAAGAAUGUAUACGGCUUGCGGCCAGCUACCUGAACAACAUGAACCCGGAUGUGUCGCCGUGCACCGAUUUCUACGAGUUUGCCUGCGGCCAAUAUGCCAGUACUCGGAUAAUCCCAGAGCACGAGCGAAAGAUUACGGUAUUGACAGAGAUGAAAACGAGGCUGGAUCGACAUUUGAAAGAUAUUCUCGAAAAAUCGUCCCGAGAAGACGCGACACCGGCUAUGAGAUUGGCACAGAUCUAUUAUGACUCGUGCAUGGAUGGAGAAGCACAGGAUGAACAGGAUCUUCUCCCUCUGAAUGAAAUGUUGUCCAAGCUGGGCGGCUGGCAACUAUUGACGAAUGCCCGCUUCGAGCAGCCGAAUUUCCAUUGGGAAACACUGGCCGGUCAAACGGCGCUGUACGGUGUAGGGAGUCUGGUUCGAUUCUUUGUUCACAACUCGUUCACCGACAGCACACAGCACAUGUUGAUGUUCAGCCCGCCGAAGCUGCUGCUCGACAAAAAGAAGUUCUACCGCGAGCCGCUGGCCACCAACAGCUACCUCCAGUUUUACAAGCAGUACAUGCUGGAGCUGCUGCAGAUGCUCGGCGCCGAACCAGAUGCUAUUGAGCCGCAUGUCGUGGACAUCAUCAAUUUUGAGUGCCAGAUUGCUAAUUUGACCCGGUCCACCGAAAAUCAACGAAACCACUCGACGAUCAACAACGUGAUGUCGAUGGGGGAUUUCCGGACUAGAUAUGAAAAGAUCAACUGGGAUCUGCUGUUCAACGACGACAUUCGCGCGUAUUUGGCUCCGAUGAGCGAUUCGAUGCUGGUGAACGUGCUCGACAUUGGGUAUUUCGACCAGCUGGCGAAGCUGGUGGGGGAGACGCGGAUGCAAAUCAUUUCUGACUACAUGCUAUGGAAAGUCGUCUCAACUUUUGAUGCCUAUCUACCCCGACACUACCGCGAGCCGUUCGAUCGGUUUAAGGCUCGCGUAAUGGGUUCAUCCGAGGUGCCCCGGUGGGAGGCGUGUGUUCACGAGACACGCGAGAAGCUCGGUGUACCCCUGUCGACGGCAUAUGCUCAUAAACAUUUCGACUCGGUCCAUUCGGCUAUUGCAGAAGAGUUGAUCGUGGACCUGAAGGAGUCGAUGCGGCAGACGCUGUUGAGCACGGACUGGAUGGACGAGGAGACGAGAGAGCACGCCCUGCAUAAACUCGCCAAAAUGGGCCAUAAAAUUGGCUACCCGCCAACCCUGCUGAACGAGACGGCCGUGUUGAUGCCGUACGCGGGGAUACGGUUGACGGCCGAUCGAUAUUUUGACAAUGCGGUGGCGUUGAAACGGGUCGAAAUGAGGGAAAUCCUGCGCCGUCUGCACCGCCCAGCCGACAAGACCGAGUGGGUAUCACCGGUGAUUGCCGUCGACGCUUACCAUUAUUUCAACGGAAAUGAGAUUAUAUUCCCGGCCGGAAUCCUUCAAUUCCCGAUGUUCGUCCCGCAGGCACCGGCAUAUGUGAAUUAUGGAGCGAUCGGGAUGGGGAUUGGCCACGAGAUAACGCAUGGAUAUGAUGACUUGGGAGCCCAAUACGACGAGCAGGGCAAUUUGCGGAGGUGGUGGCUGGGCGAAACGAUGCGUGUAUUCCAGUCGAAGAAACAGUGCUUCGUGCAGCAGUAUAACAACAAGUUUGAGCCGACGACAGAGAGAAAGCUCGACGGCCGAUUGACGAUAGGGGAAAAUAUAGCCGACAAUGGUGGGCUUCGAGUGGCACAUAAGGCGUACGAAAUCCACGCUAAACGCGCCACCGACCUUCGCCAUCUCCCCGGAAUGCAAAACUUCACCGACUCGCAGAUGUUCUUCUUGGCUUUUGCGAAUACGUGGUGUGAAGCGGUGAAACCCUCUGCAAUCGAUUACAUUAUGGAAACCGAUGUGCAUUCGCUGGGAAUGUUUAGGGUGAACGUUCCGCUGCAGAAUUUCCCGGCCUUUUCCCAAUCGUUCAACUGCCCGAUUGGCAGCCCGAUGAACCCGUUCGAGAAGUGUCGUGUGUGG